CCCAGAUUCAAAGCCAGCUUGGCAACCUAGAAGACAGCUACCUUAGCUUACAAGCCACAGCUGAACAAAUCAAGGAGCGUCUAGCUGAGAUCUUAGAAAGAUGGGAAGAGUAUAAAGCGACCGUACAGGAUUGCCAAGUUUACAUGGAAGGCUCUUGGAGUACAUGGGCUAGUACUAUAGAACCCCUGGUCACCAACUCACUAGAACAUUGUGAACAGCUACUGACCUCUGCUAAUGAGAUGUCAAUUGAACUAGAUGCCUACAAACAGAAGCUGAGCAGUCAACAACAGAGGUGUGCCAGUAUGGGAAGCAUAGAGAGCCUGGAACAACUGGACCUGAGCACAACCUCUGAGCUUACUACCCUUGCUGAACAUACCAAUGAUCAACUAUCAACUAGUAUUGACAAGGUGACUGAGGUGGUGAGCAAACUGAAGGAGUUACUGAAACAAUGGCAGACAGUGGAGAAACAGAAGACACAACUCCAUGAGUGGCUUAAUGCUAGAGAGGCUGAUCUUCAGGAAUUUGAGUCCAAACCUGCCAAACUACACAUGGAUGCAGCUGAACAUGAGCUCCAACAAUUGAAAGACUCCCAACAAGAUAUUAAAGCCAAACAACCAAGUAUAGAAUCUCUGUUUGAGCAACAUACUCAACUUACAUCCCACACAGCUGAGAUAGCAGAUGCAGACAUUGAAGAAAUUCAAAAUGGACAUAAAUCGGUUCUUGAAAGAAUAGAUAAGUUGAUAUCCUCAAGAUCUGAUUGGCUGUCUGAAAUACUGGAUUACCACACGCAGUUUAAAGAUCUCAAUGCAAAUGUUGAAAAAUUGGAAACUGACAUUGAAAGAAUUCAUAACGAUAUAGAUGUCACUGUUGCAGAUCGUGCAGAAGAAAUAAAGAGAGUAUCUUUCCAACUGUCUGGCCUUGAAGAUCAGCUGGGUAAUACCAAAGCAAGGGCUGAGAGUGUCCAGGGCUCAGUUAGUAAACAUGAUGACCAACUGGUGCAGGAUCAGAUCAGAGACUUGGAACAACGGUUCACCGAACUUUCCAAAAAGACAAAGGAUCAACUGGCUGAAUGCGACACUAUACUUGUCAACUAUGACACCAUCAUUGUCGACCUGGACAGCUACUCUGUGUGGAUGCAGGAUAAACAGACUAAACUUGAGGCUGGUACACUGUGCAGUUAUAAAAUGGAGGAGGCUAUCUCGAGACAACAACACAUUGAGUGUCUUGUUGAAGAGUUGGAAACAAAAGAAGAUGAAGUUGAUGAGUUAGUUGUACGCGGAGAAGAUUUGCGUGGAAACUUGAGUCGCCAUGAGCGUGACAUCAUCGAUCGCCAACUCCAGACUUUACGUCUCGAUCACCAUAAGUUACUAGAGAAAUCCCGUGAUGAAUGCAAGCUGUGCUCUAGAGCUGUAGAGGUCAGAACUGAACUGCAUGCCCUCAUUGAAAAGAUAUCCGUCUGGUUGGAGGAAAGAGAGAAAGUUGUGUCUUGUUUGGAACCUAUGAAAUUGAGAAGUUCUGAGAUUCAAGAGCAAAUCAAUAAAAACAAGGCUGUAUUGUCAGAGAUCAGUGCAUUUGAAGUGAACCUGGUACGCUUGGAGAAACAGACGUGUGAGCUGGAGUGCAGUGAGGAAUCUAAGCCUGAACUACUGGAGACAGCAAAAGAUCUGAGUGACAGAUACUCUAAGUUGAAAACUGAACUGCAGACCUGGAUAGAUAACGCAAAGACUGCUCUACCAAUCAGAAAGAAGUUCGAGACUGACAUUGUUGCCAUAGAAACUUGGCAGACGGAAGUAAAUGGUCAAUUAAACAAGGAAGUCUCUUUGGAGGCUCCUAUAGACACAUUGAAGGAUCACGCUAGAAAGUUACAAGAUCAAGAGAAGAAACAAUCCCAGAUGGCAGCACUGUUGCAACAACUCACCCUCACCAGUGAACAAUUUGAGAAUCUCAGUGAAGCCGAGCAACAGAGUCUUCAGGAGCAAAUCACUAUGGUAACCCACACCAUGACAACAAUCUCCCAGAGCAUCACUACAAUGCAUGUGACCCUUACAGAAGCCACAGAGUCUAGAAACAAGUUUAAUGAGGAGAUCAAGGCAUCUGCAGCUGUUGUGUCAACUGUACAAGAAGAUCUGAAGAGAUUAACAGGCCCCAUAGGACCAAGAGUUGAGGAUGCCCAAACACUAAUUGAACAAUUUGUGGACAUACAGGACACGCUUGCAGACCUGAGCCCAGACCUUGGUCAACUGGAGCAGAGUAAAGAGCAACUAGCCUCCCAGGGUCAGAUCAGUGUGCAACAGGAUCAGGAUCUGGUGCAACUUACUGCACUAUAUGAACAGCUAACACAGCAGGUAUCAGAGAGGUUGGAACUACUGCGCCAGGCUGAAUCUCUACGUGAAGACUUCACUGAAGAGAGAUCUGAGUUGGAACAGCAAGUGAAGCAGACCCAAGAUGAGAUGGAUAGCAUGGCCCAUAUGGGUGUCUCUGUCCCUGUGAAACUAGAUAGAUAUCAGAGUCUUGUCUCUAGUCUAAGCUUACAGCAGGUCCCUCUAGAGAAGUUGAAUGACAAAGCCAAGCAGAUUGCAAGCCAGACUCUGCCAGAAGACAGCCAUUCAGUGCUCAGCCAGGCCAACACCCUCCAAUCAACCUUGGAGACCAUGCUCAAACAAUGCCAGCGUAAGGCCAAAGAAUGCCAGGAAGUCCUUGAUGAGCGACAAACCUUCUCUGAAGACCUAGAGAAAGCUCUCACAUUCCUGAAACAAAAGAAUGAUGUGACAAAACAACAUAGUACACUUGGAUUAGAUUCCCAGUCAAUUACAAAGGAAUAUACCACAUUGGAGCAGGUCUCCAAAGAGGUGAAUGACUGUAUUAGAAGUAUACGUCUCAAAAUUGAAGACCAGAAAAUGAAAUUUGAUGAGAGUGAUGAGCCUAUGACUCUUGAUUUAGCAGAUAAUAUUGAUGAGUUUGAGGAGUUGGAAUCGACACUGAAGAAGAACAUCAAAGCUAUGGAUCAAGUAUUGAAUGAAGCGAAAGUUGCGAGGGAGGAAUAUGAUGCCUUAUAUGAUGAGGUUGCAUCCUGGGUGAGGAGCUGUGAGGAGCAACUUAAGGAUCCUUACAGUGGUAUAGAAUACAACCUACUGGAGGACCAACUCACUGAACAUAGGGAAUACUACGCUGAUGAAAACCAGCAGCACCUGGUUCUUGACAAACUGAUGGACCUAUCAGAGGCCAUCAUUGUUACGUUGGACAAGAAUGACGAACAAACUCUCACACAGUCUCUCACUAAUUUGACCAAUAAGGUGUCCUCAACUAUUGGGAAAGCUGCCAAAAAGGAGACUAAACUGCAACAACACCUUGACAACUGGAAUGAGUACCAGAGCUUACUAAGCCAGGCUGGUAAAGCAAUAGAUGAUGGUGAGAUGGCCUGGAGUACAAUUGAC